GAUUUUUUCUACCUCCAGCUAAAGGGCUAAGUUGUAGGUGCAAUGCCUGCCUCGAUUUCCAAGGAGCCGCAGAAUGUACCUCUACCUCAAAGCCCCUCACCUUUGAGUGCAAACCAAAUACCCUUCUCGAAGAGGAAAGGAAAAGAGAAGCAGGCCACGGGAGUUAGCCAGAAGAGACGCGUUGCUCUCAAGUCUGUUGACACUACGAACUCCCGGAAUACCUCAGAUGUCGACUUGGACUGGGAUUGGGUAUCAUUAGCGGACUCUUACACUAGUAAGGUACCACCUGUGUUCACCAAGGAUGGAAGUUAUUUUUUUUCUUUGGCUGGACCGCACAUCAAAAUAUAUUCAGUUGCUACUGGCCAGGUCGUCUCGACACUAUCCGCACCUCAGUCUGCUUCGGGGGACAUUUCAUCGGAUUUGCUCACAUGCGCUAUCCUUAACCCACAUAAUGCUUUCCAACUAAUCACUGGCUCGCUAAACGGUCGUAUACAUAUAUGGGACUUCUUGGAUGCAAACCUAUUGAAGAUCAUAGACAUAUCCCAACCUAUCUAUCAUCUAUGUGCUCAUGAGAAGUACAAGGACGCCGUGUUUGUAGCCGUGGCCAGACCAAGUAAACACAAAAGCAAAGAUGACAAUGCUGUUGUCAUACGGGUAUCACUCAAGACCGCCCCGACAUCGAAACAGUCAUCCGUUCAAAAGUCCUCCGAGAUUUCACCUAUUGGAAAAACUCGUUUUCCUACUGGCCUAGCUUUGUCAGCCAGCGGCGAAUGGCUUGUCGCAACUGCUGGACACAAGGCAUAUGUAACAUCGCUCUCGUCUCCCAACCCGCAGUUUACCAAGUAUGUUUCCCCCGAGCGACUGUGUUGUCUUGCCUUCCAUCCCUCCGAAGACUACUUCGCGACUGGAGAUGGCAAGGGCAAUAUUCGCCUAUGGUAUUGUCUGAACGAUCAAGUGAAUGUGAAAGCAGUAGGGGUUGAGAAAAAGACCCAGACUUCCAGUUUCCACUGGCAUGCUCAUCCUGUCUCAUCCCUUGCUUUCACGUCCAAUGGCGCAUAUUUACUGAGUGGUGGAGAGGAGGCGGUAUUAGCUAUGUGGCAGCUGGAAACUGGGAAGAAAGAAUUCGUUCCUCGCGUUGGCGCACCCAUCAGUACUGUGUCACUCUCAAAAGCAGGCAACGAGGAGGAAUACCUACUAGGUCUUGCUGAUGGCACAUAUCUCUUUAUUAGUGCCGCUUCGCUCAAAAUAUCGCGGGGCUACUCGAAGAUACGACUAGAUCCUUCCCUCCUCCAAAAUGGGGCCUCAACCUCCAAAAUAACAGCGUCGCCUAUAGUCAUGCAUGCCGCCACAUCGACACUCAUUCUGCCAUCAUCCCACCCAUCAUCUUUACAGAUAUAUUCCCCCACAUCAUCUAAAUUUGUCUUUGAGCUAGAGGUAUCUCCGUCAAAUAGAGUGGCUCGGAAGGACGAGAGACCCUUGGAACCGGCGAAGAUAGAACGCACUGUGAUCAAUUCUUCUGGCGAGUGGAUGGCCACAAUAGACAGGCGUGAGGGUGACGCCAAUUCGCACGGAGAAAUUUAUCUCAAGUUCUGGUGGUGGGACCGAAAAGCUGGCUUCUGGAUAUUAAACACUCGCAUAGAUCGUCCCCACGGACUGAACAAAGUCACUGAUAUAGCGUUCAGUCCUUCAUUGGAUUCGGCGUCAUUGUUACUUGUGACAACAGGUGAGGAUAACAACAUCAAAACAUGGAACGUUAGAACAUCGAAGGAUAAAUCUGCCUCAGACUUUUGGGCGGUGCGUUCGACGUUUAGUUUUCGCUCGCAGACUCCCACAUCUGUAUCUUGGGCCCCCGACGCCUCACUCUUGGCUGUCUCGUUAGGCGUAUACACUGUUCUAUACGACCCCAUGACAUCUACAUCUCACCUCAUUCUUACAACUCCCGAAUGUCCUGAAGUCUCCUCUAAUUACUUUGUGGGUACCUCCGGACGAUACCUGGCCGUCGUGGGUGGUCACGACCUUGCACUUUGGGAUCUUGUUCUUCAGUCCGUCCGCUGGCAUUAUCGCUGUCCUUCCUCAAUCAAGAAUGUGCUCUCCCUCAAGGAUUCCUUCGUUGUCUUGUCGGAAGUCGGUACAACCACGUGUGCGCGUGUCUUUUCACCGACAUCCUCGGCACCCUCCCGCAGUCUCAAGUUACCGUUCAUACUCCGCGGCGUUGCUCCUUAUACCCCUACAAACUUUGUGGGUAUCACGCAUGAUUGGAAUGUUGUAGUCUUUGGUGACAAUGUGGCUGCAAUAUCCGAGGAAGGCUCGGCAGCACGCAGUAUCCCUACAUCCUCAGUUUCCCAAGCACGAACUCUCUUCCAAGAUAUCUUUGGAAAAUCCGCUUUUGCCCCUCAAUCUUUCACUUCAAACCGAUCCCCGUCUGCCACUGCUUCAGCACCCUCGAAGGUCCGAAGCCUAUUUGAUGGUCCAUCAUAUCUCAUGCCCCCGUUGGAGAGUCUCUUUGAAGACAUUAUGAACGACUCCCUCCAGCCUCGCCAGGUGAAGCUGACGAAAACUACAGAGGAGGACGCGGACAUGGAUAUGGUUGUUGACGAGCCUGCGGACGUACCGCCCCCAGUGGUCCGUCGAAAGCUAGUCAUGAACGAGGAAGAGAUGGAAGUGUUUGUUGACCUCUUCAAGGCCCACUCCCUGAAACCCAAAUCUCAUUCACAGCUCCCCUCUGCGCGCAAAGCAAUCACAAAUGGCGUCUCUAAAUCAAAGACGAAUGGGCAUUCCCCCUCUAAAAAGCCUUCAGUCAAUCUUACUCCCAAAAUCAUACCGCAAGGCCCUACACCUUCCAGUUCCCCUCUUCCCGUCAUGAAUGGCAAAAAGCGUAAAACAGUGUCUAAUUGACGUUAAAGUGUUUUGAUUUCUUCCCUUACCUGAGCAUACUACACAUCAAUUUAUAGCACUUGCAUUAUCUACAUUGUUUUCUGUGAAUAAUAUAUAUGGUCGUUCCGUCAAAUUCACUUAUCGCUCAUCGGCGAGAAGUUUAUUGUCCUGUUUGGCGUGUUCGACCUCGAGGUGUGGCAAGG